AUGCUGAAGCGAGUAGCCUGUACAUUGAUUUCGCUGGUGCUACUGGCUGGCAUUGCUCGCGCCGGGCCUGGAACGCUCAGACUGACAUUCUAUGGAGUGAAUGGAAACAACUGCGAUCCUGUCGGCAACGAUUGCGACUUUGAAAUCCAAUCCAUUUUUGCAUACACCACAAGUUCUGGCACGACCACCGCCAAAGUUUCGCUUGGCGAGAAAGCGGACCAGAAUUCGCCUCGCUGGAAUUAUAUUUUCGCCGCAACGUAUUUCCCCACAUUCACGGGAUCCAUCACUUUCAGCAUUGAUUUGAUGGAGAACGAUUCGCUUCAAGAUGAAGACUACAAUGCGGUUACAUACAACGUUCCAGUCACCGCAGGUGCUGCAGCAAAGGAUGUGACUCUGGGUGGCUUUUGGUACGUCACCAACGUCUACAUCAACGUGCAGUUCAACUGCAGCACCGACUACUAUGGCAGCACGUGCGACACCUACUGUACGACAAACUCUGGCAAUUGCAACUCGUGCAACUCCACAGGUGGCUGUAGCACCUGUGCCACUGGUUACUCUGGCCCGAACUGGCCUUGCACCGCGACCCCCAACUGGUGCACCAUUCCCGGUACGGCUGUUGGCGGUGGCACGAGAAGCUGUGCCAACACCAUCAAUGGCGUUUGUUCAACCUCCUGCAACACUGGCUACACACUGAGCGCUGGCACGGCAGCCUCGACGACGUGCCUCUCGUCACAGGUGUGGUCUUCAGGCAACCCUGGCGUCUGUGUCGUCAACAAUAAUUACUGCACUGCCAAGGCAGCCCCGACGUACGGCCAAAUGUCCUGCACAAACAUUUUCGCCUUGAACUCCGUCUGCUCCUUCUCUUGCAGUUCUGGCUAUACCUUUGCUGGAUCUUCCUCGUUCGCUUGCAACAGCAACACACAAGCAUCCGGAUCCUGGUCUGCUGGCACAGACCCAACGUGCACGCCCAUCACCAACUUCAGCCCAACAGUCCCCGUUCCGAGCGGUGACACCUCAUUUAGCACCACCGAGAGUGCCGAGGUGCCCAUUGCUUCCAUCGUUACUGCAUCUUCGGCGUCCAUUGCCUCACAAGCGUCAGCAUCGGUCGCUUCUGAUGUAUCUGGUACCUCGGUGCUGUUGGCUUCUGUUGUAUCAACCGCAUCGGCAUCUGCUGCAUCCGUUGCAUCCUCCAUUGUGCAACACAGCAGCGACACCCAAGCCUCAGCUUCAGCAGCUGCCGUCGCUGCUGCUGUUGCUUUUGUUGCCGUUGUUGCGAUAAUUGCAGCGGUCUUGAUCGUGCUGCGACGCCGUCGAUUGCAACGACGUUCGGCUGCGCGACCGAAGAACGCUGUAAAGGACUCUGCCGGCCCCGUCUAUCAGGAGGCUAUUGAAAUGACAACAUCUCCUCUGGCCCAUCCGACGCCAGAACCGACGGACUCUGCCAAUCCCAUCUAUCACGAGGCUUCGGAACUGACAGGCUCCUCCAUGCCCCAUUCGACGCGAGCUCAUAGAGCGGAGGGCAGCUCAUCAGCUUACGCCACAGCCGGCCAAAGGCAGCCAGAACCUUUGUACCAAGCCAUCCCGACCGCCCCGCCAGAAGAGGUGGUAUACGAUUAUGCGAGCGCCUAUGUUGCUGGCAGCAAUUCUCGUCGCGUUCGUGAGGGGUUGACGAUUGUGAAGCAUCUUGCCAGCGGAAACUUUGGCGAUGUGGCACUGGGUCAAGUGCCGUUCAGCGUCUUGCCCGAACGAGCGCGAACCUUGCUUGGACCUGCAGCGCCCGAAACCGUGCAGGUUGCAGUCAAGUCGCUCAAGUCUGAUGCAGACGAGAAAUCCCGCAAGGACUUUGAAAGCGAGGCGAAACUGAUGGCACCGUUUGUGCAUCUGAAUGUCGUGCGCCUUCUUGCGGCUUUGGUCGAGUCAGAGCCCCAUCUCGUUCUGCUCGAGUUUGUGCAGUACGGCGAUUUGCGCACCCUGCUGCAAAAGUCCAAAAAACAGUCAUUCAAGUGGUCUGAGAACGAGCAAAUCCAUGCGAUUCGCCAGAUUGCACUCGGGAUGGAGUAUCUGGGCACGCUCCACUUUGUGCACCGCGAUCUCGCCGCGCGCAACUGUCUUGUGGGACAAGGUAUGGUGGUCAAGAUUGCCGAUUUCGGACUUUCUCGCGAGCUGGCCGACGAGAACGAUUACUACCGCAUGGAAACGCGUGGCAAACUUCCCGUGAAGUGGAUGGCGCCAGAGACAAUGACUUUCCGAAAGUUCUCGUCCAUGUCCGAUGUUUGGUCCUUUGGUGUGACAGCCUGGGAAUGCUGCUGUUACGGAGAAAUGCCUUACGGCAAGUUGAGCGGUCGGGAUACCCUGGCUCAUGUGGAGGCUGGUGGUCGACUGCCCCAGCCGGAGCACUGCAUGCUCGAGCUCUACAACAUGAUGAUGAGUUGCUGGAACAUGACACCGGAGUUCCGACCGAGCUUUUCUCAGCUCGUCAAGGUGCUGGCAGGGUUUCAGGAUGGGACGACCAUUCGCGAGAUUGGCGCAAUGGUGUAAACGCGCAAACCAAAAUGAUACUCGUGUUUUUGUUUAUGCCAGCCCAAACAUGUUCUGUGACGCAGUAGUGUUUGGGCGGCGUAGAAGGGAUUCCUUGCGUUUGAACUUUAUAACAUUUUCCUUGUUGAUGAUUGGUACUUGUCUGUUCAUACAAAGGGUUGCUUCUUUGACCAAACGUUCUUUGUAACUUCUAGUCCGCUCGUUUGCGUCAAUUUCUACGCCACAGUUUCGCGGUGAAGGUUGAGGUUGAGGACAAUCCUUCUGCUGUUCUC